AAUCACGCAGCAAAUGGCCAUACCCGCUACAGGCUGUUGGUUCACAUUCGAACAUACUUUACAAGGACGACUCAAUUUCAACCAAGCCGUUGUCUAUGGCUUGACAGACACGUUCAGGUGGCUUUCGCGCGCGUAUAAGCCUGCCGCUAUGGCUUGGCUGACGACGGUGGUGCUGCUACUGCUGGCGCACUGGGCGGGCUUCGCCGAAGCUGGUAACCUCUUCGCCGAUCAGGAACACGAAACCAGAACCCAGGCGCUGUUUGACGAAUGGACACAGGCGUAUGGCCUCGAGGAUUCCUCCGCCCUCCUCCCCCCUGCGCCACUUGCCCUUCCCCCCAACGUCCCCCCGGCGCCCCACCUCGAAGACUGCGCCGCCCGCACCGCCGCGCGUCGAGCAGCGGAAGAGCGGGGGGAGGGCGGAACACCCCUUGCAUGGGCGCGCGAGGAAUCUGGAGAGUGCUGUGGGGGAAGCGGGGGAAGCGGGGAGGAUGGCCGGGGGUGUUGUAACUGCGGCCCCCAACCACCGUGGGUACGUGGUUCAGACGCGGCCAAUCUGGCGAUGACACGUGGCGCGCAGCGCGACAUGUGGCGGCACCAGUUCCCCGCCAGCUGUACCGGGCGGCGGCUGAUGCUGACGCGCUGGCCGGGGCUGCACCAUGGGAUGGGGUCCAUGGUGCAUGUGAUGGGGGCCUAUCUGAGCAUCGCCCUGCGCAGUAACCGCACCCUGGUAGUCAUGCCGGGGACAUUCGAGAGGGCAACAAGGGAGUGUGAAGACCUGCACAAGGCACAGCAGUGGGAGUGCUACUUCUUCCCCAUCUCCUCCCCGGGCUGCGUGCAAGAGGCCAUGGCAGCACAUGAUAGAGGGGAGGCCCCGGAUAUCUGGGCGCAGGAAGGAAGGGAGGACAUGCUGGCUGGUGCCACUCAGGUGGUUUAUCUCGCCCUCUCAUCCCUCUUCGGUGACAUUGACGCUGCCAGGCUGAGGUGGGGCAAGCCGUGGCUGGAUCGGCCGCACACCAUUCAAGAGGCGGCUUCCAUUUCUACUCAAGAGCCUGACUGGAUGAUGGCCCGGUGGUGGAGGGCUCAAACAACCCGCUUCUUGCUCCGCUGGCCGUCCGCUCAUCUCUGCCACGUCAUCAACCGCGUCCGCCACGUCAGCUACGGCCUCCUCGUGGCCAAUCGCGUGGCAGCAGUCGCGGCACAGCAAGGGAGCAUCGUUGAAUCACUGAACGCCACCGUAGCAGCCAGCUCAGCUGCCACCUCAGCUGCCACCUCAUCAGCGGAAGAAAGGGAUCCUCUGGACGACCUGCUGCUGCUGAUUGCUGCCAAGGCGAGGGAAACGGGGCGGGAAAUUCUUGCAGCCAAUGGGAAUGCGACACGUGUGCGGUCGUUGCAGUCGCACGUUUGGCCAAACAGGGGUCGUUCAGGCUGCCAUAACCUCCCCAGCAGUAUCCCCGCCGCCUUUCACAAUCCCUCCAGCUCCCAGCAGCCCCAUGGGGGUUCUAUGGAUGUUGGGGGGGAGGUGUUUAUGGUGCGGCCAGUGGUGAGCAUGCACGUGCGGCUGAGCGACAAGGGGUCGGAGAUGGGUCUGCACCCUCUGCCGUCAUUCCUUGUGAUGGCAUCCAGGCUGAGACAGCAUCGGCCAGACCUGAGGCACGUUUGGCUGAGCACUGAAGUACAGUCUGUAAUCGACGAAACGAACGAUCAUCCCGACUGGACGUUCUUCUACACCAACAGCUCCCGAGUGAACAGUGCGGAGCAAAUGAAGGACGCGCACGAAAAUGCGCGACAACCUAUGGGGAUUAUUUUUGCCAACCUGCUCAUUACAUCGGAAUGCGAUUACUUUAUUGGAUCGUUGGGGUCGAAUUGGAACAGGCUUAUAGACGAAUUGCGCAGUACGAACGGAAGGCUGUACGCAGGUCUAAUAUCUUUCACUUUCGGACUGUAAGACUUCACGAAGAGUACUACAUGUUACACGUCGGUAU